AUGAAAGCCGUGGUUUUGCUCUUGGUGGCUGUAAUUGCUUCGGUUUCUGCUGGAUAUCUUGGAUUAGGCGAUGGAUUAGGUUACGGAUUAGGUGGUUAUGGAUUAGGCGGUUAUGGAUUAGGCUAUGGUGGUCACGGUCUUGGAUACGGCUAUGCAUAUAAACCUGUGGUAUCAUAUUCUGUCUAUUCUAAACCAUUGCUUGGAUUAGGCCAUGGAGUUUUAGGAGGAGGCUACGGGGGAUUUUAUGGCGGACAUGGACUUUAUGGCGGAUGGUAA